ACAGGCAAGAGGACGGCGCAUAACAACAUAGAAUUACGCCUAUAAGUGAUAGUUAUUAAUGCAUCGAAACUAUAGUGUGUUCCGCAAUCCGUUACGUAACUCGGAGCGUAUAGUAGGGGAACCUGUUGGUGUGACCUUCCUUGACACAGCAUCACUUCCAGCAGUUGGCAACUGCGUAAUAGUUCCGCAUACAAAUGCGAUACAUUUAGUACAAGCCGCAAUACAGAGCAAGACGUCAAUUUUACCGAUAUUACAAGUCCAUCAGGUCGCUGUCCACGAUGGUACUUCUGAUCCCUACCAAUGAACUGAAGGAACGCGUCAGAGCAGAGUUCGGGCUGGACGAGGCAGGGAUGAACCUCGCGGUGCAGGUGAUUAAAGACUGGCUCAAGAUGCAGCCUCAUCUGCCUCUUGUCUGCGACGACGGGAGACUGGAAAGAUGGAUCAUACGCUGUAAAAACAGUCUAGAGCGAACCAAAACUUCUGUGGACAUGUACUACGCCCUGAAGACACUCUCCCCGGACAUACUACUAAACAGAGAUCCGAGAAGUCCCUGGUUCAGGAAGGUUGUCAAUGUGGCAUUCGUUUGUCCCUUAUCACAACUAACGACAGACUACAGCAGAGUAACAGCGCUGGGCUGUUUGGACCCUGAUCCAGCCAACACCAUCGUUCUCGACAUACUGAAGCUGUGCUUCAUGGUGCAGGAAGUUAGGAUGUGUGAGGACUACUGUGUCUCAGACAUCUACAUUAUGGACUACAACAGGUUCACAGUCGGACACAUCACUAAAGUCACUUUUCCUCUUCUGAAGAAGAUGGAAGUGUGUGCAAUGAAAGGUUUCAACAUGAGAAUCAAGGAGAUCCAUCUCGUCAACGUUCCUCCAUUUGCUGACGCUAUGGUAAACCUUCUGAAGAUGGUCUUAAAACCGAAGCUGGUUUCCAGGAUACAUGUCCACACAAAAGGAUAUGCAUCUCUACAUAAGAUGAUCUCGACGAAGAUUCUACCUAGUGAAUAUGGCGGUGAAAAUGGCUCUCUUAUUGAUCACUGGUCUGCCUGGUUAAAAAAGCUGGAGAGUUAUCGAGAUUGGUUCGUGGAACAAGAUAACAUGAAAUCUGAUGAAUCUAAAAGAGCGGGAAAGGCUGUCAACAGCGGAGACUUAUUUGGAUUCGAGGGUUCGUUCAGAAAACUCAGUGUCGAUUAAAGAAUGGCAAAUCCUGCUGGAGAGAUUAUCGUACUGUGUAUUUUAAGAAAGAAAGAAAGAAAGAAAACUGUGCUAUACCGACCUCUGUUUCCUUCGUCUCCUCAUCGUGUCUUCUUUUUUACUCUUUAUCGUGCAAUACUGCAAAAUAGUGUGUAGACAGUAUGUAUUUGUAUAAGCUACAUGUAAAUAAUGUUUAUACCACUCUUCACAGA